UGGUGGACUUCAGCAACUACUUAUUCAAUCUGCUUGUUUUAGUUGGCAUAAAACAAGGUUUUAACAUGAGUUUAAAUUCGCGUAAUAAUGUCAUCAGGGGAGACAACAGGCCAACAGAUUACGAAUAUGCUUGCCUGAGCAAACAUGUCUACACAGUUGAAGACACGACCCUUGAAGUUGGCACACAAUUUUCCACCGAAUUUCAUCAAUGGACAAUUUGUUUUGUAAGUGCUCCCUUCUACUGUGGGUACUUUGGUGCUGUUUACGAGUGCGAGGAGGCGAAGCAGUAUGUGGUUGUACAUCGGGGGACAAACAAUGUCUUGGACGUUGUUGAAGAUUAUCUUGGAGUUUUAAGAAAUAAAUGCACUCGCCAAAAAACGGAGGCCUUUCUCGUCGUGGAUCUCAUUGUACAAAAAAUCAAAAUUAGUCGUAACGGUUAUUCAUUGUCCUUCACGGGUCAUUCACUAGGAGCAUUUCUAGCUGAGCUAUCCGUCUAUUUUUCCACCGUGAUGCUAGACUAUUGUAAUGUCCAUGCAGUGACGUUUGAAAGCCCUGGGUCCCUUCAGUCUAUGAAGUCUAUUUGCUGGCAUCCUUCACAACUUAUUUCUCAAAAGAAUGAGACCGACGAGACUUUCGACGAGAAAGAUGACACUGAUGGUAAAAAUUCAAAGAUUUCAACAUCCUUGCAAAUGAUAUCGUUAAGCACUUCUUGCCAUUCCCUGCAAUCUCUUUCCCCCGCUGACUUUAGCCACGUCAUCAAACGCCUGGAUAUCAUUUCAUACGUUUGCUACCCAAAUAUCAUUAAUAUCUGCAACGAGCACGUCGGAACGUUGUACGCCAUAAAUAUUUGCAUGGAUGGGCAUAAAAUAGGCUGGCCCCACCGUCUAUUUAGUAGUCACAGUAUUCAGGGAAUUGUGGAAUGGUUUCAAAAAUUUACUGCAGGAAAUCAACGCUGCGUUCGAUUGUACAUGGCAGACUGGCCGAAAAAGUACACCGAGUCUCAAAUGUUCUUCAAAUAUGUACAAUUCCAGGAUGGGAUGCUCAGCGUGGAAAAUCUUUUAUUGGAUGAAAACCAUGAUACUCGCCUUCGUUGGUCCAAAAGUUUAAAGAAGAGUAGAUCUCUGGUUGUCGAGUCAUCAAUUAAAAUGGAGAAAUGGGUCAACAAACAAAGAAAGAAGUUCAAGCUCAAGCUGAAUGGAAACUUUGAUCCCGUUCAUGGCUCAGCCAACGCUCUUCCUCUUCAUCACUUUUCCCAACCCUUGCAAAACUUUCUCAACUACUUUUACCAGAAGAGGCAACACAUUUUUACUCUAAGCCAUGCAUCUCAACGGGACAAACUGCAUACUUUUCUCAGCGAAACGUGGAAAGGAUUUCAAAUGCCCCCAAACGUAUCAGACGAGCUGUUAAAUUUUACUUUAAAACAAAAUAAGUUGCACAUCAUGGAAAUUGUUUGCAAAGAAACCAACGUUCAUGAUUUUCGCUCGAAAAUUUCUUGUUGGCUGGAAAUGACUGGAUUUACUGUGGAAGAGCUUCUAAAUGAAAAUUUGAUUAAUGAAAAUAUGCCGAGAUUGCAAGUGACCAAACAUAUUCAGUAAUAAAAUAAAUCUCUUAUUCCAGUUUUAAAGAUUAUCUUAAUUUUGGGGCGUGUGGGGUAUAAAGUUUAUUACUGCAUUUUUUCCUGAUAAAACAUGCAGCAGAAAUUAAUCAAUUUUAUGACUUAUUGUUAAAGUCCAAUGUUGAAAUUUUAUUAAAUGGGAUUAACUUGUUAUACUAAA